UGUUUAAAAUGUACAAAUGUGAGAACUUACCGAUUUCUGACGAGCAAGUCCGCGUCUCCGGGUGUAGGAACCGGAACAGUUUGCACCGACGCCGCCUCUCUAAAAUUGGGACUCAGCUUGUUUACAACCACCUUUUUCAUGCUGCUUGGUAUGGAGGAUCCUUUAAAAUCAAUGAAGUGCGCCGAGUAGGACAUGUCGAUGAUAGGGCGCUUCGGAACCGGAAGAAGUCCACAAAGUGAAUCGGUGCCUCUCCGUCUGGAACCGAGGGAAAACAACACCGCGCUCCUGGCGUUUCUUGCCCACAUUGGACCGGACAUUGCCCCCCGAAAUGUGACAAAGUUCACGGCCAACUUGACGUGCUGUUAGCUUGCUAGAGGCUCGUCCUCUCCGGGCUUACAUCAUACAGGCCGCGGUCGUGUUCAAACAAGCCAAUUAUUGUUUUCUGCUUCGGAUCGAAAAUAAACGUGCUAAUACCGAUGGUUUGUAAACGAGUCCACGGUGCAGUGGAGAUGGAGUUAAACCCUAAACGUUUGGUGGUGGUGAAGCCGCGGAGUAGAGCACAUCAGCGCCACUGACUCGCUCGUCGUCGGUGUAGUCCUGUAAAGUCCCUCCCCCUUCCUCUUCUUCCCGGACACAACAUUCACUUCCUAGUAAGGUGAAACAAACCACCUCCUCUCCCAAAAAAACAACAACAACGGGACUACCGUGCUUAAUAAUAUAACACAAUAAAGAAAACAACGUGUUUAAGUGACGUCUUGGAAGAGUUAUGGGGCGUUCGCGGACCCAUGUACCUGUAACCUUAGCUUGUAUCGGUAAUUGAAUGAGCAGCUGUUAGCAUGUUAGAUUCACCCAACAUAUAAAUAUAUGUGUUUUUAUUCACAUAGUAAUAUUGCAUGUGUAAUACAAUGAACUCGGGCUUGGUCGCCGUUUUACUUUUCUGUUGUUUUCACGAAUAUGACGCGACUAUUUGAAUAUGGUUGUGGUUGCUGUGCUGGCUUUUAAUGGCUACAAGAGGAUGUGCUGUGCUGCUAUUGUCGGGGUUGAUUUUUUUGCAGCAGGGAGAGAGAGAGAGGAGAGUGUUGGUUGGGUAAGGGGACAAGACAAUUAAAAAGAUUGACAGGUAGCCUCCUCUGUCAGGGCUGACGCUUGUGGAGAAGGGGAGGAGUAAAAAAUGUAGCAGGAAAAGCCACUCGAUGCGUCUGUCUAUCAGUUGAGACGGUCUGAAACAGCUUCUGGAUCCAUUGCGUUUCCAUUUUGACUUAUUUUUUUUUUAGGAAGGGGGUUCGAGCUCGGAUGUGUCCCCCCCUCCCUCCUUCCUUUUAAGAGACAAACGUGUUAGUAGUCCAUGUCGCCAAAGCUUUGGAUGCGUCUCAAGUGUUCCUUCUCACCGCAUCAAACAGACUCCGUUCUCAAGAUGCAGUGAUAUAAUCAUUCGUGCGGUUCCUUGAGCGUAGGUUGCUGACUCUUAUGGGGGGGCGAAACGGACUCGCUUCUUAUCAAAUUGGACUUAUUUGUUUUGCGUGUAGUUAUUUUUGAGUUUUGUUGCGCGUCAAAAGCGCAGAAAACUAUCGCCCCUCAACAACUCCAAAGAUUUUUUUUUUUAAAUUCGAGCGGAAGUGAAGGGAAAACUUUGCCUUUUGAACUGUUUGUUCUUCUUUCCACGGGGGGAAAAAUGAAGGAAGAUGAUAUUUGAUGGACAUGAAGGUCCUCCGAGCUGCUCCAAUCCCUUCGUAAUUUUUCAGCUCCACGUCGCUGGAGCCGAUCCAGCUAUUAAGUCUAAAAAUAUCAACCAGUGUGAAGACAAGACUGACAUUUUCAGCUCUGAGAUCAAAACGUGCUCCCCCCCCCGUAAAGGGAUGAUUUUUCACCACUGACAGACUUCCAGUUCGUUGUAAUUCCUGCAUGAGAAGCACCGUGGAGGCUGACGGUCACUAUGCCGAGGAGAAAGCAGCAAGAGCCGCGGCGAUCAGCAGCGUACAUGCCCGAAGAUGAACUGAAGGCACCCACUCACGAUGACGAAGAGCACCUUCAGGAUGACGGCCUCUCAUUAGAUGGUCAGGACACUGAGUUUCUGUGCAAUGAGGAAGAGGAAGACGUAGAAGGAGGGCAGCCGCCCAGCUACAGAGACUCGCCACUCAGCAACGGCACCAAUCCUGAUGCCGGAUACGGGUCCCCGCUUAGUGAUGCCAGUGACCGACUUACAGACUUCAAAAGCACCUCCUCUCGGGAAGGUCAAGAGAAGGAGGGUGCAACGUUGCCCUUCUCGCCCAGCAACGGCCUCUCUUUCCAGGACAGCCUGGCACAGAUGAAAGCCGUCUAUGCAAACCUCAUUUCAGAUGCCUCUUGGUCCAGCAUUACAAUGGACAUCAUGAAAUCCAAGUCUGCUGCAGUCGGCAGUGUCAGCAGCGUCCUCGCCAAUUCAGAAGCUGCCUCUACUGCCCCGGUGUCCGCAAACGCGACAACACCUCCGAGUAAGAGCAACGGGAUCAACAUAGUCAACAGUCACCACAACGGCAGGAGUUCCAGCGCCACUGUCAGCCACACCGGCACCACAACUGUUAACACUAAUAGCACAGCGGCUAGCUCGGUUAGCAGCCACAGUGCAACCAGUAGCAACGGGAGCAACGGCGGAGCGGCCAAUAACGGCAGCGGCGUGGCCUACGACUGGCACCAGGCGGCGCUUGCAAAAACUCUCCAGCAGACCCCCUACCACCUUCUACCAGAGCCUAGCCUUUUCAGCACCGUGCAGCUCUACCGCCAAAACAAUAAGCUGUAUGGCUCCGUCUUCACCGGUGCAAGCAAAUUCCGCUGUAAAGACUGCAGUGCUGCAUACGACACGUUAGUGGGGCUGACGGUCCACAUGAACGAGACCGGCCACUAUCGGGACGACAACAAAGACAAAGACGAGGAUCACGGAAAGCGCUGGUCCAAACCGCGCAAGCGCUCCCUGAUGGAGAUGGAAGGGAAAGAGGAUGCUCAGAAGGUGCUGAAGUGUAUGUACUGCGGCCACUCAUUCGAAUCACUGCAAGAUCUCAGCGUUCAUAUGAUCAAGACCAAGCAUUACCAGAAAGUGCCUCUCAAAGAACCAGUGCCAGCCUUGGCCACCAAGCUCGUACCCGCAUCCGCUAAAAAACGAGCGAUCCAAGAUGCUAUCAUUUCGCCGUGCUCCCCGGACUCCAUCCACGCUGGCGGUACUGGUGGAAAUGUGUCACUCGGCGAUGUCAGCAAAGACGCAAAAGCAGCGGCUAACCCUUACGUCACGGCAAACAACCGCUACGGCUACCAGAAUGGCGCCAGCUACACGUGGCAGUUUGAAGCCCGUAAAGCUCAAAUCCUCAAAUGUAUGGAGUGCGGUAGCUCUCACGAUACGCUGCAACAGCUCACCGCUCACAUGAUGGUCACCGGUCACUUUUUGAAGGUCACUAAUUCCGCAUCCAAGAAAGGGAAACAACUGGUGUUCGAUCCCGUCGUGGAAGAAAAGAUCCAGUCCAUUCCGCUACCGCCAACCACCACUAGGCUGCCCGUUCCUAAUAGCGUCAAGUCCCAGCCUGUGUCCCCUGCGCUCUCGUCCGGCUCUGAGGAAAAGCGGGAAGUGAGUGAGGAUGAGAAGGUGGAAAGCGGGGAGCCGGUGGAGAAAAAAAUCAAGGAGGAGAAAGAUGACACGGGUGAAAAAGUCGAAACUGACGCCACAUCAUAUAAAUAUCUUCGAGAGGAAGAUCUGGAAGAGACUCCGAAAGAAGGUCUAGAUAUACUCAAAUCCCUUGAAAACACAGUGUCGAGCGCCAUUAGCAAGGCUCAGACAGGCACUCCGACUUGGGGUGGGUAUCCUAGCAUCCAUGCGGCGUACCAGCUCCAAGGUGCUAUCAAGAGCUCCUCUGCCGUUCUGCCCCCCACCAUCCAGAGUGUCCAGAUGCAGCCGAUGUUCAACAGUGGCCUCCGAAGCCUUGUGAGUGACCCCAGUUCGGUCAUACACUCACCUCACAGCCCCUCUUCGCCGACUCCACUCAGGAGCAACGUCACCGCUAUGGAGGAACUGGUCGAGAAAGUGACCGGGAAAACCGCCACUGUAAAGAAAGAAAAGGAGGAGAAGGUGGUGAAUCUGGAGCGAAGCCGACCUCCAUCAUUGGUCAAAUCUCCUUCUCCUGCACUGAGAGAUCAAAGAGAACAAGUGGUCUCCCCGAAUGAAUUCACUAGCGGUAAACCAUCUGGUAUGAGGAGCACCAGCCCAGGAAGUGUUGAGUCAGAGUUCAUCUGCAAGAAGGAGCCUAAAGAAAGUCUUGUUGACGUCCAUAAUAGCAAUUCAAGAAACGGCCCCGAGGCGUGCCAGUCUCCGGUAACUAACGGCAACAGUCUUGGCAUCAUCACCGAUCACUCACCGGGAAGUCCUUUCAUCAACCCUCUCAGCGCACUCCAGUCAAUCAUGAACACACACUUGGGUAAGGCGUCAAAACCAGUAAGCCCAGCUGCAGAUCCGCUAUCCAUGCUGUAUAAAAUCAGCAACAGCAUGAUGGACAAGCCGGCCUUCAACCCGCCAUCUCAGGGCAAAACCGCCGAGCCCAGCAACCACUAUCCUCUGUAUGAAAACAAUGACCAACCCAUGGACUUGAGUAAACACAAGUCUACCGUUAAAAGUAACAGUCACAAUAACAACAGCGGUAGCGCGGUGAAAAAUAUUGUCAACGGUAACAAACCCCUAAUCGCUCUUGCUGACGCCGUUUCUUCCCCUCUGAGAGAGAACGCUCUAAUGGACAUCUCUGAUAUGGUCAAGAACCUCACUGGGAGACUUACUCCCAAAUCCUCAACGCCGUCUUCGAUCUCGGAGAAGUCAGAUGCGGACGGAAGCGCGUUUGAAGACGCUCUAGAGGACCUCUCGCCCGUGCAGAAGAGAAAAGGGAGGCAGUCCAACUGGAACCCCCAACACCUCCUCAUCCUGCAGGCGCAGUUUGCGUCCAGCUUGCGAGAGACCCCGGAAGGCCGCUACGCCAUGACUGACCUGGGCCCUCAGGAAAGGGUCCACAUCUGUAAAUUCACCGGCCUCUCAAUGACUACCAUAUCCCACUGGCUAGCUAACGUCAAGUACCAGCUGCGACGGACCGGGGGCACAAAGUUUCUCAAGAACAUGGACUCCUGCCAGCCUGUGUUCCUCUGCGGUGACUGUGCUUCCCAGUUCAGGACUCCCUCCUCCUACAUCAGCCACCUGGAGUCUCACCUGGGCUUCAGCUUGAAGGACCUGUCAAAACUGUCAGCCGAGCACCUACGGGAGCAGCAGGCUGCCUCAAAGGUGAUCACGGACAAAAUGACAUUUGGCAGUCCUCUGUCAGCCUUGACCACGCCGGAGGACGAUAUGGGCUCCGUGUACCAGUGCAGACUUUGCAAUCGGACAUUCGUUAGUAAACACGCAGUUAAACUGCACCUCAGUAAGACCCACGGAAAGUCUCCCGAGGACCACUUGGUGUUUGUCACAGCUUUGGAGAAACUGGAGAAACUAGACAAAAUGGAAGCAGUCUAAGGAGGGUCUCGGUGACGGACGGCUACGGAACUGACUAUAAUUUCAUUGCACUAAAAAACAACAUUGUUCACCAUUACUGCACUGGGCCGAACUGAGCCAACAGAAAAAACACACACGAAAAAAAAAAAAAACGAACUGGUAUUUUCUGUUGUGAUUAAUGCCUGACUGGACCAUGUUUGAUUUUCUUUGUUGUUUCUUUGUUUUGCCAAACCUUUUUUACACUUAUUUUGUAAUAUAUUUAUAUGCUAUUUGUCUGAUCUGUGCAUGUAUUUUAGUGACUCGAGGUUAAACAAAUGAUUUUAAUAUUCUCAUUGCAAAAAUACAACUACUGUGUCAAUGGUAAAAGUGAAAAUGCAUCGGAAGAAUGGAAAAUCUGUAUAAUACUUGAUAUGAAGAAGAGGAAAAUUAAAUGUAUACACCAAAAUAAUUGAAUAACCCCCCCGCCCACGAAAGACUGAAGUAGCACCUUAGAUAUUUGAAUUUUGCAUAUGUAAAAAGAACACGUCCUGCAUUUGAGAUUGAUACCUCCCCCUCAUCAUGUUGGGUUCCUUUUAUUGAAACGUUUUUGAAGAAGAAUGGCUUGCUCGUUAUAUAUAUAUAAAUAUAUUGAUAUAUAUAUAUAUAAAAGAUUAUAUGAACAUUUGGAACAACUGAAUUGCUGUUUCCAGUGAGUCAAAAGUGGCCAUUGUAUGCAAGUUUGCUCAAAGAAACUUUUGUUGUUGUGAAGUAUCACCUAUUGUCACAUUUCAUUUUGCUUAUGUUUUUUUUUAUUUUUAUUUUUUUUAAACCGGUGUUGCUUUCAGCUGUAAAGAGAAACAGUUGUAAAUGAUUACCAGUGAAACGUCAGUACUCCCAUAAGACAUAUCUCAUCAUUUGAAAUGACUCGGCAGUCUUUGUAUCUUAAGGUGUGUGCAUUCUCUAACUUUUAUAUUGUCAUUUUAUGUACUAAAAUGAUUAAAAACAAACAAAAAAAACAGAUUGUGUACAUAGAUAUAUGCUGUAGAGCUACAAAAAUGUCUUUUUUAAAGAAAAUGCAAAUUUAGCUUCUUUGGCUUGGUUUACAGAAAUAAUUUUAAUUAUACUUGCAUCCAAUUUGAUGCAUGGAAUGGUGUGGAAAAUAAGCGAUGCACAAUGACUGUACAUUUCAAUGUUGUAUCAACAAUAUUGUAAAAAAAAAAACGAAAAAAAAAACACAAGAAACAUUUUUAGCGCCGCUUAGAUUGUUUUUUUCCUUUCUCAAUUGUAAAAUAAACCCCAAAGCAGUUGUUAACGGUCA